AUGGCAAUCUGGGGCACAUAUGACAGAGCAUACCAUAGCAUUUCAGAGCACUCCAGAGCAUGCCAUGGCCCUCCAGAGCACACUGCAGCACAUGUGCUGGAGCAAACCAUAGCAUUCCAGAGCACUCUGGAGCAUGCCAUGGCCCUCUGGGCCACUCCAAAGCAAAUGCCAGAGCAAACUGUGGCACAUGGGCCAGAGCAUGCCAUGGCCCUCCAGGUGAACUGUGGCAAGCCAGCCACUCUGGAGCAAAUGCCAGAGCAUGCCAUUGUCCUCUGGGCCACUCUGGAGCAAAUUCCAGAGCACACUGCAGCACAUGUGCCAGAGCAUACCAUAGCAUUCCAGAGCACUCCAGAGCAGGCCAUGGCUCUCUGGGAGCACACUGUGGCACAUGCACCAGAGCAUACCAUAGCAUUCCAGAGCACUCUGGAGCAGGCCAUUGCCCUCCAGAAUAAGCUGCAGCUUAUGUUCCAAACCAAACUGUGGCAUGGAAGACACUCUGGAGCAAAUUCUGGAGCAAACUGUGGUACAUAUGCCUGA